UCAAUCCAAGCCGCUCUGCUUCCUUCGCUGGUCCUGAGGCAGCGUUGAUGGGGGCCAGCUAGGGGCUGCAGCCUUCCACUGGCUUCCCCCCUCGCCCACCCUCUGCUAAAGGUGCAGGGGGGGCCGCUCCGGCAGGUGAUGCGCCCUGCCGCUUGACAGCCGCAUCUGCAGCCAAGGACGACAGCAGGUUGGCGGGGCCAGGGCGAGACGGCCUCAUGCUGGCGCAGAUUCUCUCUGGGUGAGCAGCAGGCGGCGGCGGGGGGGUUUCUCUGAGCCAUUUAAAUCAAGGCUGGAGCCAGCCCUGGCAAUCGGCUCGCGACGGAAGCAACGCUACGCUGCGGGGACGCACUUUUAAUCAACCCCCUGCUCCGAUUUCGGUGCAGCCGCCGCGGGCUGCUCGCCCAGCUCCUCCCAGGCCCAGUGCAGCCCGGCCCGGGCAUGGAGAGCAAGCGCUGCUUCGCCAACCGCUUCGAUGACUACGCGGGCAGCCUGCCGGCCGGGCAGCACCACGAGGCGGUGGUGCCCUGGGUGGCCGCCACCAUCGAGCGCAUCCUGCAGCAGGUGCCCCCGCUGGAGGGCGGCCUUGCGGGGGGCGGCCUGUACGGCGGGCUGGCCGGGGUGGCCUACAUGCUGUACCACGCCGCGCGCUGCCCGCUCCUGGCCCCGGCCCGGGACACCUACCUGCGGGCGGCCCGGCGCCUCAUCGACGCCUGCGUGCGCUACGAGGAGGAGUGGGGCGAGCCGGACGCCGACACGCGGGCCGCCUUCCUGCUCGGCGGGGCCGGGGUCUACGCGGUGGCCGCGCUCGUCUACCAAGCCCUAGGGCUGCCCGACUUCGGCCGGCUGCUGGGCCGGUUCCGGGAGCUGAGCCAGAUCUGCGCCCCCGUCAUCUUCCUGGAGUGCGGCUCCGACGAGCUCUUCGUGGGCCGGGCCGGCUACCUGUGCGCCGCCCUGGUGCUCAAGCAGAAGCUGGGCAUGGAGAUGUUGACCCCAGUGCAGAUCAGAUCAAUUUGCCAGGCUAUAUUAGAAUCUGGGAAGCAGUAUGCUGUGAAGAAGAGGAAACCAUGCCCACUCAUGUACUCUUAUUAUGGAACAGAAUACCUUGGUGCAGCCCAUGGCCUUUCAUCCAUCCUUCAGAUGCUGCUGUCCUAUUACGAGUACCUUCAGCCUGCAGAUCAGGAGCUUGUAUGGCAGAGCAUUGACUUUCUUAUGGACCAAGAACAGAACAGCAACUGGCCUCCUGAACUGGGAGAGACAAUUAAGCGGGAGAGUGAGCUUGUGCACUGGUGUCAUGGAGCUCCAGGUAUUGCAUACCUGUUUGCAAAAGCUUAUCUGAUUUCCAAGAAGCCCCAGUAUCUGGACACUUGUAUCCGCUGUGGGGAACUGACAUGGCAGAAGGGCCUGCUGAAGAAGGGACCUGGAAUUUGCCAUGGAGUGGCUGGUAGUGCCUAUGUGUUCCUACUCCUAUAUAGGCUUACUGGAAACUCUAAAUAUAUCUAUAGAGCACAAAGGUUUGCAGAGUUCUUAUUUACAGAAGAAUUUAAGGCUGGUUCCCGAGCAUUAGAAAACAUAUAUAGUCUGUAUGAAGGCUUCUCGGGGACUGUGUGUUUCCUGAUUGACUUGCUGCAGCCCAACCAGGCCGAGUUCCCUCUCUUCAGUGUCUUUGUCUAGAGAAGGAUGUUCUCCAGUGACAUAUUGGAACAGCCAUGCACAGGGCACCCGCAGUUUCACUUAUCUGUAAAGGAAGGCUAUUUACAAAAUAAGCCACAUUCGGUGGUACCACUAAUGCUAGCCUUAAUUUUGUGGGGGUGGGUCAGGAAAAAGCCUAAAUAUACUGGGGUUUGGAGAGGGACGUAUGUGUUUUUUAAAAAAUUAACAGUUUAAAAAUAAAAGAGAGUGAAGUGGUUUUUCAAAAUUGAAUGGACAGAAAUUGGGUUGUACUAAGCAAAGUAACGUCUUCUGAUUAUUCAAAUGAGAGUGAAAGAGGCGUUAACAAUCUAACAUGAUGGUCAUACAGAAAAACGAAAUGGAAAUCAGAACAGUAGGGACAUGCAAGGGAAAUAAAAUGAUUAAUCCAAUGACUUUAAAAAGAGAUCCAUAAAAUACGACCUUAUACAGCUAUGCUCUUGUAGGUGACACAGGUCACUAAAGUCUGAAAAGGCAAAAUCUGGGAUUUCUUAAUUAAACAUUUCUUAGUACUAGUACCACCUUUCCUAGAAGUACCUAUAUGUUGGAAUCUUUUCAUUGUUAUAUGCAUAUAAUAGCAGUUAUACAGCUACAUUCUGUCUUUAAUUGCACAUGUACCACAUUACUAUUGCAGUCAGUGGGGUUUCAUGUAUGUAUUCAUGAAUUUGACCGUGAGUUUCAAAACUGUGUGUGUGGUAAGAAACACUAAUCCCUACCAUCACCUUAUGGUAUAGUAGUAGUACUCCAUCUUUUUAUAAAUAUUUUUCUUUCAUGAAGAUCAACAGAAGCCAUGUAGAAGACUUGGAUCACUAAAUUCUGUAGCAAAGGUCUUAGACAAGGUGUGUGAGGUAAUGUUUUUUAUUGAACCAACUUCAGGUCAG